GCAAAAUUCUUGUCUCGUCUCAAAAAUCACAUCAAGAUCAGAUUACUAACAAAGAAAUGCUAAUGCGCCAAUCGGCACUUUUUGCCUUUCUCUUUCAAAGUUGAUCGACCCCCACACAUUAAUUCACUUUAUCUAACGUCGUGGGCUGAGUAAGAGUGAGGCGUUUUUCCUCCGCUGCUAAACCCCAUCGACCACAGGUCCACUGCAACUCCUUCACCUUCCUUUGACACUACCGAUUUUACCUCGAAAUAUUUUCCUAUUUUUGCUACUUUGUCGUAAAUUUACAACAUGGACUGGUUCACGUUGGCACUGAGUUUCGCCCUGUUUCUAUGUGUAUCAGGGGAAACAGAGUAUUUAGGAAAAGCAACCAACACUCUCAGACUUGUGCACAUGUUGUAUCGUCAUGGUGACAGGACUCCAGUGCGACCAUAUCCUUUGGACCCCUACCUCAACUUAACCCAUUGGCCUGUAUCGUGGGGCCAGCUGACCAAAGAAGGCAAAGAGAGGCAUUUUAAACUGGGACAGUUGAACCGGGAACGCUAUGGAGAUUUCCUCUCAGAAACUUACAACCCAGAUGAAAUUUACGUCAGAUCCACUGAUGUCGACAGGACCUUGAUGAGUGCAGAAUGUCAUUUGGCGGGACUCUUCCAGCCCAAUGACAAUCAGACUUGGCAUCCAGAUCUAGCCUGGCAGCCCAUUCCAGUCCACACUAUUGCAAAAGAGCAGGAUCUGCUGCUGGUGUUGGAAUCGGAGUGCCCUCGUUAUGACGAGCUCCUCGCCCAGCUCAACUCUUCACCAGACGUUCGCAAACGCAUGGACAGUAACAAGGAAAUGCUGGAUUAUUUGGCUGUCAAGAGUGGCCUGAAUAUGACAGAGAUUGAUGACAUCGAAUACCUUUACGACACGCUCUUUAUCGAAGAUCGUUUCAACAAGACGCUGCCCGAAUGGACUACAAAGUACUUUCCCAGUCCAAUGAAGGAAUUUUCCGACUUUAGUUUCGAGAUGAAAGCUUACAAUUUGGAAAUGCAGCGUCUCCGUGGAGGCCCGUUGGUGAAGGAGUUGGUUGAACAUCUGGGCGCUUACGCCCAGUCGAAGCUAACCCCACCCAAUAGGAAGCUGUUCAUGUAUUCGGCUCAUGACGUCACUGUGGCCACUUUUCUUUCUGCCCUCAACAUCUUUAACGGCAUCCAGCCACCGUACGCGUCCAUGGUCCUGGUGGAGCUGCACGAACGCAAACCCAACGACUUUUACGUCAAGAUUUUGUACAAGAACGUGUCGGAUGAUGGGCGGAAUCCCGAGGUUCUUUCGCUGCCCGGCUGCACGCGAUUCUGUCCCCUUGACAAGUUUUUCCAGCUCGUCCAAAAUGCGACGAGCGACGACAUCAAAGUCGAGUGCAAAUUGGUGAAGCCUGAUGCCUCCACCUUUGACACCAUGCUAGUCAUUAGCCUGUUGGCUUCCUUGAGCUGCCUGUUGCUGGUCGCCUUGCUGGUGAUUGGCGCCCUGUGGUACCGCAAAGUGAGGCAAGAGAACGGUUACGCCUACAGCACCAUUCAAGCCGAAUGAGCAGCCCCAAAUCAUUUCAUUUUCCUGUGUUAUUUUUCUUUCUUUCCCUCCAUUGGUGACAGUAUAAGUUCGAACCAUCUUUUUCUUCAUCUAUUUUUUUUUGAAACUCUUGUGUGUUAUGUUGACCGUAAUUCCUCUCUCAGUUGUCAAUUUAAGUGGUAAAAAAUGGCGAAAAAUAAUAAAAAAAAGGAAGAGAAAUGUAAA